GUCAAUCAUGGGCAGAGCCUACAUUGUAGAAGAGACUGUUGGCCAGUAUCUCUCCAACAUUCAUCUCCAAGGAAAGCGUUUUGUCUCUGGUCUUUUGAUAGGACAGUGUUCUUCACAAAAGGAUUAUGUGAUUCUUGCCACUAGAACACCACCUAAAGAGGAACAAAAGGAGAACCUCAAACACCCCAAAGCUAAGUUGGAUACUUUGGAUGAGGAGUGGACCACAGAACAUGCCACCCAGGUGUCCAGAAUGCUCCCUGGAGGACUUGUGGUUCUUGGAAUAUUUAUUAUUACAACUUUGGAACUAGCAGAUGAUUUUCAAAAUGCCCUGCGCAGACUAAUAUUUUCUGUGGAAAAAUCUAUGAAUAGAAAAAAACUAUGGACUGCCACAGAGGAAGAGGUCUCAGAACGAGUGAUACUUCACAUUUGUUCUUCUACAAAAAAAAUAUCUUGUCGAACUUAUGAUGUCCAUGAUCCAAAGAGUUCAGCAAGACCCGCAGAUUGGAAGUAUCAAAGUAGAGUGUCUGCCUCAUGGCUGUCUCUGGAGUGUGCUGUCCAUAUUAACAUUCACAUCCCACUGUCGGCUACUUCUGCCAGUUACACUCUGGAAAAAAAUACAAAGAAUGGACUUACACGCUGGGCCAAGCAAAUAGAAAACGGUGUUUAUUUGAUUAAUGGACAAGUUAAAGGUGAAGAUUGUGACCUAUUAGAAGGACAGAAAAAAACUAGAGGAAAUAUGCAAGCAACUGCUCAUUCUUUGGAUGUCCGAGUGCUAACACAGUUGCUCCUGAAUUCAGACUAUAGAUCCACGGCCACAGUCCAAAUCUGCAGUGGUUCUGUAAACCUGCGAGGAGAUGUAAAGUGCAGAGCUUAUAUCCAUAGCAACAGACCCAAGGUCAAAGAUGCUGUGCAGGCAGUGAAGAGAGAUAUUUUGAACACAGUUACUGAUCGCUGUGAAAUACUAUUUGAGGACCUGCUUUUGAAUGAAAUUCCGGAAAAAAGAAAUUAUGAACUUCCUCAGCGAGUUUUUGUUCCCCUUCCUGGGUCCUCUGUAAUGUUAUGUGAUUAUAAAUUUGGUGAUGAAUCAGCUGAAGAAAUCAGAGACCAUUUUUCAGAGAUGUUAGACCAUGAGAUUCAAAUAGAAGACUUGGAAAUUGCGGAGGAAGUAAACACAGCUUGUAUCAUUUCCGCAAUGAACAGCGAAUCUUUAGCGACCAACACAAGUGAUGAACAGCCAGAGGAAUCAAAUAAAACUACAAUAGCAAUGAAAAUUCAGCAAAACAUAGGUGCAAUUACAGCACUUGCCGUUGCAGUGCUUGCUGCGGGCAUCUCCUUUCAUUACUUCAGUGAUUAGGGUGAGACCCAAAGAGCUUCCUGAUCACCCAGAAAACAUUGAUCAACAGCUGUGAAAAAUAAAGAUGCAAAUGUCCCACCUGCAUUGAAGCUAGCAACGAGCUCUGCUAUGAUAAUGUCUGUUAGAUGUGUUUCUGACUUACACGAAAUCACCAGCUGCCUUUUUAGCCGUGCUUUUAUUAUCUGGCCAAGGUUUCCAAAAGUAAACUAUGCAUUUAAAUGGAGUUGCAUGUAACAAAUGGCUAUUAUAUAUUUUCAGAAGGGUCAAAAUGAACUAUUUUAAGAGUUUAGUCUUAUUGAACUGGAUCGCACUUUGAUCAGAAUACUGAAACAUUA